ACGCGCGCUGAUAGGAUCCUGCAGAAGCCUCGCUCCACUUCACCUGUUCGCAUGUGCAGUUUCUCUUUACCUGAAGUUGCAGCACCCUGACGCUUCUACCUAUGGCUAGAAUGAUCCUGUACGCGAGUUGCGGGUUGCUUGUGGCAUUGCUAGCUUUUCCAGGAGCCAGUCGCGCAGAAAUGGUGUUCCGCUGCCCCAGCUGCACCGCGGAGCGCCAGGAUGCUUGCGCGGCGCUCACGGAGAGCUGCGCGGAGAUAGUGCGAGAGCCGGGCUGCGGCUGCUGUCCGGUGUGCGCCCGGAAAGAAGGCGAGCUUUGCGGCGUGUACACUCCGCGGUGCUCCAGCGGUCUGCGAUGCUACCCUAAGCCGGACUCGGACCUUCCGCUGGAGCAGCUGGUUCAGGGCCUCGGGCGGUGCGGACGCAAAGUGGACGCGGAGCUCGCGGGAAGCGUGGAAGUCAGCGAGUGUCCCUUUGGUCGCCGAAUAGGCGAGGUCCUGGAGCUCUCGGAGACGGGCCAGACCGAACUGCCCCCGGUCAGGAAGCCUACCAAGGCCAGCCAGUGGAUGGGACCUAAGGAGAGCGCUGUCAUCCAUCACCGCCACCAGAUGAAGACCAAGAUGAAGUACAAAUCUGAAGAGGGCAAAGUGCCCCGCGCCAAGCUGAGUCAGUGCCAGCAGGAACUGGACCAGGUGCUGGAGAGGAUCUCCAAAAUGCCUUUCCGAGACAAUCGUGGACCUCUGGAGGACCUCUACUCUCUGCACAUACCCAACUGUGACAAAAAGGGCCAGUACAACCUGAAACAGUGUAAGAUGUCAGUGAAUGGGUACCGUGGGGAGUGCUGGUGUGUGGACCCCCACUCCGGCAGACCGAUUCCCACCUCGCCACGGGUGAGAGGAGACCCCAACUGCAGCCAGUACUUUGACGACCUGGACACAGAGCCUGUUCCCCUAAACUAAUCCCGCCCUGCAACCCACGUCGAUCCCCACAACAAGAGCCGAGGUCCCAGAGGACCCUGAAGAAUCAGUGUUUUAAACCCCUCAAAAAGCUACCGAUAGGCUUUGUGUAUAUGUGUGUGUGUGUGUGUGUGUGUGUGUGUGUGUGUGUGUGUGUGUGUGUGUGUGAGGGUGUUUGUGUGUUUUUGUAGAACUGACAUAGUAUACAUGAUAACUCAAAGCAGUGUCAGUGUUAUAGGACUUACCAGGAUUCCCAUUGAUUAAUGGGAGAUUAUUAAGUGUGAGAGUGAAACCUGACAGAAGCAUGCAUACUUUUAUAAGAUGGUUUUAUCAAUCUGAGUUUUAACUGUCAAUUCCUUGAGACUAAUCUCACGGUAAUCCCACGUCCUUUGUGUAGACUUUGCAAACUCAAUGUGUUAGUCUGUAGAGUUUUCACUUUUCGGUGCUAUUCUUCUAACUUCUAAUCUUUUAAAACGGCCACCUACCAUAGUGACUCAUUCUCAUACUUGACUGAAAAUGCUAACGGAAAGAGUGUUUACAAGUGGGACUGCAUGAUAUAAACCAAACAUAAACCCAUCAUAGUACUGCAUGCUAGGAUCAAGGGUCACUAAUAUACACCCCUGAAUCCUCAGUGAUGAAACCAUCAGUGUGCAUUGUUCAUGGUUUUUAGAUGGUUUAUGGUGUACAUUGUUAAUGGAUUAUGGAAAACUCAGAUUGCAUGAAAAACACGUCAACAACCUUUCCUUCUCAGGAAAGACUGAGAACAAUCAGGAGGCUCACAGCCCAGUAAAACAUUUUCAAGUUUAACAUAUAUCUUGAUAAUUCACUUCUAUAGUGCCUUACCAGAUUAUCUGCACGAUGCUCGCUGAUUUGACAUUUACUACCUGUCAGCUCCUAUGGUGCUGCAACGACAAACCUGAGAAUCAGUUAAGUUAAUAAAAAGAACAGUAUGUGUAAUACCA